GCUUUUUUUAUUGCAAUGAAUGUCCAUAAAAUGAUUCCUAAAAGACACCGUACAAUCCUUGUCAAGGGCUUCUUCUAUGUACUGUUGGUGCUAAGCCUAAUCUCACACUCCCAGUUCAUCAGUGCUGAGCAUGACUCAGAUGACAUUAGUCACCAUGGCAACCCUGGAGGAGGGGGACAUCUUAACCUGAAGGAGGGAGCUGUUAUGGGGAACUACGAAGCAGGUCAGACACAGGUAAUGAAUAUCCAACGAGACAGCCAUCACCCCAAGUAUGGAACAUGCUGGGUCAGUGCUUUGCAGACUGUUGCAGCUGGUUGUAAAAGGCUGACAGAUGACGAGCAGAGUCGUAUGGCCUUGACUCUGGCUAACUGUCACUUAGCCAAGGCUGGCUUUGAUACAUAUAAUUGUGAUGAGACAAUGGACAUCAAAGACUGCCUAAACCCAAUGAAAGGAGACAGCAUUUCGUUCAAUGCCUACACCGAGUUCUUCACCCACACACAAGAUAUCUGCUUCUUUCUUCAGAGUCAGGUUUGGCAUGAGCAGACUGAGGAAACUGUUGAAAAGCUUACCCAGAGCUCUGAGGACGUGGCUAUUCAGCUGGAGGUGACAGGAAAGUUACAGGAAAAUAUGAUCAAACAGCAGAAUGAGAGCCUGAAGAACCAGAAAGAAAUUCUUGCCCAGGAAGCAAAGCUCAAUGAAGCAUUAAAGAGCUCAACCAAUAGUAUACAAGAGGUGUUUGCAGAGAUGAAGAGUAGCACUCUAGAGCAGAAAGCUCUGUUUGCAGAAACCUUUGACCGAGUCGCCCAGGUCCAGAGAUUAAUGCUCGGAGAGUUCACAUGGUUCAACUCUGUGAUAUACUAUGUGGUCGGUGUCCUACUAGUGUACAUGGUCACAUCCACGUCUCAGACGGCAUCGGCAAGGUUCUCGCUCUUCCUGCUGCUUCUUGUUAAUUGGGUUGUUGAGUGGGUCAUGUUCCGCAUCAUGGAUUCAAGUGAUCAGACCGUGUUUCACAGCAACAGCUGGUGGUGUCGCAAGAUCUUCUGCUCCCUUGGUCUCCUACUCCUCAUCUACAAAGCCUCCCAGUACAAGGACUACAAUAAGAUCAACCAUGCCAUCCUGCUACAGAUCCAAACACACAUCCAGCAGCAGCGUCUCAGUGCUUCCAGUAAUUCCCUUACGGUGGCCAAAGGGUUGAUCCAAAGUGUAGUCCACAGUAGCAGUGCAGCAGCCAUGUCUAUUGCCUCACCAACACAAGUGCCUGCCAUUCAAGACAGAAGAGGCCAAAUCUCAAGAUCGGGUAGCAACUCAAGACAUGACAUCACAGGGUUUAGCAGUGAUAGCGAUGCUGAUAUAACCUUUAAUCCUGAAAAUUUAGCUUCUUCAGAAUCACAUUACUCCAGUUCAGAUCAAAGUUUUAUGACUGCAGAAACAGGCAGUAAGAAACCAAGUAUGAUGGAUCAUCAAGUCUCCAAAACACCUUUACGUGCUCACUUACCAUCAACCUCACAAGGAUCACAAGCAGAUGACCCAGGAUCAUCAGCUAAACGGAAAAGAGGUCGACCAAAGGGAAGUAGAAGCAAGACAUCAAGAGAAGGAACACCCAUGCAUAAUUUAAGUUUUCAGUCUCCAUACAAUCUCCGUCAGCGGGGUCUGCAUCAGUCGCCAAACCCUGUCGUAGACCUUGAAACGACCCUUAUGUUUGCCCAACAUGUGGAAAGCUUGGCCAGCAGGCACUAUGUCAUACAGAGAAAGUCAACCUCAUCACUGGAUGAUUCUAGGAACAGGAGAAACAAGAGCCCAGCCAAAUCAAGAAAAGUUCCAGCUUUCUUCUCAUCUGAUGAAGAGCCUUGAAUGAUGAGUAUGCAGGUACACAUAUCUGGCACCUGUAUAUGUUCUUCCACGAUUCCCAAGACAUUGAAUUGCUUCCUCCGUAGGAGAGUCUGCGCCUUUCAAUUUUUUUAUCAGACUGUAUGGUUGGACCUUCCCAUUAUCAACCAUCUUGAUUUUUUAAAGCUUCAUUCAAAUAUUCAUUUACAAAUGUAAAAAUAUGUCAGAUUAAAACUUCAUGUGCAGAUUAAGGACUCUGGUCCGAUGUGUGAAAAUAUCAGCAACAAAGGAUAUAACAAUUUUCAUUUUACUCAUCAUUAGCGCUCACUUUUUGAACUGACAACGAAUUUAUGGUAUAUUCCCAUAGCGCAAGCGAAAUACUAUUACUAUAAUGUCAUCUCAUUGGAUAUUUUGUAAUGUUUGUGAUGAUUUAUGGGACUAAGAUCUGGGCCCGUAACACAAAGGUUAGUGAUUAAUUGUACGCUUGAUUUUUAUGAUUGAUUGUACAUUGUAGUCUAUGGAAUCAAUCGUAGAAAAAUGUUCUACGAUCAUUGCUAAGCUUUGUGUUACGGGCCCCUGAUAAUGAAUAUUCUAAAAUCUUCCAAUAUCUGAUUUUUGAAGGGAUCCUACCAUUAACCCUAAAAGGACUGGGGCUUUGAGACGUAUUGAGGACCGGGGAGGUGCAUGAUUGUUCCCCCCCUUCUAAUCUCAGCGCCCAUCGCACCAAAAUUUGGCACGCACAUCCAUUUCAACAAAGUAUACGCAAGUAUUUUUUUUUUAUCCCAGACUAAUAUAUACAAAUUUAUUCAGGUAAAACAUUAUUGGCAUAUUUAAGGACAAAUCCAGCCCAACAAAAAUUUGUUGAUUUGAAUAGAAAGAGAAAAUCCAACAAGCAUAACACUGAAAAUUUCAUCAAAAUUGGAUGUAAAAUUAGAAAGUUGUGACAUUUGUAAGUUUCGCUUGAUUUCACAAAAGAGUUAUAUGCACAUCAUGGUCGAUAUGCAAAUGAAAAGACUGAUGACAUCACCCUCUUACUAUUUCGUAUUUUAUCAAAUGAAAUCUGAAAUAUUGAAAUUUUCUCAUUUUCUUUUGAAGCAAAGUUUUAUUCCUCCCUGAACACAUGGUAUUACCAUUGUUUUAAAAUUUUAUGGAUCAAUCAAGUGGGUCCUUAAAUGUCAAGUUCACCCAAGAAAAAUGUGAUUUGAAUCAAUAGGGAAAAAUCAGACAUACCAUAACAUUAGAAAUUUCAUCAAAAUUGGAUGUCAAAUAAGAAAGUUAUGACAUUCUAAAAUUUGCAUAUUUUUCGCAAAGCAGUUUUGUUAAAAUAGUAAAAAAAAUAUUGAUUUUGUGCAUCUAGAUCCAAGAUUUUUUGUCAGUCUAUAAUUAUGUAGAUUUUGAUUGAUAAAGAUUGACAGUACUUUUAUGUCAUUUACCUUAAUAUCAGUACUUUAUAUUACUAGUUUUAUGGAAGACAAUCAAGCACUGAUAUUCUCAUAUUUAUUGAAGAGCAACUAUGUUAAGUAUUCAUCACAUGUCUUGGAUGGUUGACGCUCGAACCUUGAAUUCAUGCUUCAUUGUCUUUAUGAUUGCAAUGUCAUUCUUGUAUUUCUAAAGAUAAGUAUAUCAGUGGUGUAUCGUAAGUGCUUUAAGGGGGAGAUCGCCCUGACAAUAUGUUAAUUCUUCAUAAAAGCUGAAAAAUUUGAGAAAAUUCUAAAAUACAUGUAGCCACAAUAUAGAAUGAUUCUUAUGCCUAUGAAAUGACUAGAUUGUAGAAAGCCCUUGUCCCAAAUGACCUCUAAUGUCCAUGGAUAUUUCAAAAUUAUGGAGAAGAGCUUUAGGGGCUUUUUGAUGAGGUACUCACAAAGUAGCAAAUGUACCUCAUGUAUUUAGAUGACAUGGAAUGCACCAUGAGUGAACAAUGAACAGCUCCUGCAGGGCAUUCCAAUUUAGGCAACUCUAGCAGGAAUCUUGCUAUAUGGUUACUAUGCGUCUAUUCCUUGCAGCUUGCCUGCAUUCCCCAUUAUUUGUCUAUGAUAUACGAGGAUUCAUAAUGAAAAAUCGCUUAUGCUAGCACCUAUAUACACAAGCUAUUCUAUUCACCUGCUUUUUAUAAUCAAUAAUGCUCGAUGUUUGGAAUGACCAGCUUGCCUGAUUUUAGUGUUGCCAUGUCAGAUGGUCAUUAAAUAGUUCUUAUCAGUGUGUUUUAAGAUUUCAGUACAAAUGACUGUAUUGUAUCUAUAAACUGGCUUAUUCAUCAAGAUUGGAGUCUAAAAUUUAAAGUGGUACUGUUUGAAUGAAGUUUGCUUUGCGCUUCAUUCUGAAUGAAUUUCAUGUAGACUAGUUGAUAAUGCAACUUGAAAUUAUUUGAAAUUAUUAUAAUGAAAAAUAAGGAGUCCGUUUUUUUAACCAAAGGUGUUUGUAUACUUGAAACUUAGUCACUUGAAUAGAAUACUUUAUGCCCGAGAGCUGGUAAAUAAUUCAAAUUUAACAUAAGAUCAUGAAAGGAUGACAGAUAUUAAUUUUUAGAGUUUUUAAUUUUGUGACUUCACACAUGGGCUGCUCUCCUUUGUAUGUUGUGCACUAUUCUUUGAACUGCCAUUCUAAAAUAUUAGACAAAUCAUUAUAUUCAUCUUGAUCUGUGAAAAUGUCAAUAGAUGGAAUUCAUGACUCGCAGCAUAUAGGGGAGCAGCUUGCAUGUGACAUCAAAGAAAUUAAAGUAAAAAUGCAUAAAUCUGUUAUCCGUUGACGAAUGCACCAAAUCCCAAUCAUUGAAAUAUUUAUAUUUUUUCUGUUUAAAAAAGGGUGUCCAUUUACAGUAAGAUUGAACAAGCUGUGGAGAUGAUAAAGUUCAUUGUUUGUAUUCCUAAUUCAACCUUUUUGUAACAUUGAUAUAUUUUAUUGAAAUGUUUUUAUUAUCAUAUUCUAUAUGCCAUACUAAAUGCAUACCGGUAACAAUAAGGAUUACUGUAAGUAUAUAUAUCAUGUCAUGACAAUUAUCGCUGCUUUCUGGAUUUCAAUCUAAUAUUCUUAAUCUGAGAUAUUUCCCUUUAAAACUUCCAUGGGAAUAAAUAUAAUUCUCAUUUAUGCCUUGAUUUAUUUGUGUGACUAGUGAUAAUAGAUUUAGGGGAUAUUGUGCAACUUCAUGAAUUUAAUACAAUUAUCCAAUUCAAAUCAUAUAAAUUUCAAAUUGCAAUUUUCAAUAAAAUUUAUUUGUGCAUAUUGUACAUAUCUGCA